AAAACUUGGAUUCUACUGCCAGUGAAACGACAAUGAAGUUUUUAACCGUGCUCGUUCUUUUUUUCUACCUUUGUUAUAUUUCAGAAGUUAUACGGAAAUCUGGAUGAAAAAUUUAGAAGGAAAUUGGAAAAUUCACUUUCAAAUGUUUAACGUUGAAUUAAAUCAACUUAGUCCGCAUUAACAACUUUAGAAUUAUACCUGUAUUCUUUUUUGCAUGUUGUAAGAAAAAAUUACUUGAAAAUUGCUUUGUUUUGUACCUGGUAGUUAAAUUAGGGCUAUACUAACUUAUACUCAGUAUACAUAUGUAUGUAUAUUUACCCCUGUAAUACGUAUAUACGAUACAUUUUGCACCUGUUAUAUGAUAAAAAACUAAUAGGAAGCGCCAUCUCCUUUACAAGUUUGUAAUUCAGACAUAGUUAUUUAAUUUAAUAUACUGUAUAUUCAUUACUGAACCAAUUGUAUUUGUGUUGAGAAAAGAAUAUAUCAAAUACUACUAUACAAGGUCAAAGCACAUUAUUAAAAAUAUUCAAUCUCUAUUAUACAUAUUUAUAUAUAUUAGUAAUAUAUGUAUAUAAAUAUUUUCAUGUUUGCUCUUGAAUUUAUUGUCAUUUCCAACACGAGCAAAACCAGAAACUAUUGAUGAAAAUGAAUCUUUCGGUUACAUUUGAUUAAAAAACCUAAUAAAAUAAUUGAAAAAAGAGUUUCCAUUUAAAAUUUAAAUAAUAAUAGAUAAUAUUACUCCCAUAACUUCCCCAGAUGAUUACUACAGGUAUGAAAAGCAUGUUAAUAUAAUAAUGUAUAUAAAAAAAAACAAUUCAUAGAGUGAAUCACGAGCUUAAUGAGUAUAUAAAUGACUGGCUGAAGAGAAAGAAUUUAGAAUAUCAUUAUGUCUUCAUCCGAUAGCAAUUUAAAACGUACUACUUCAGCUCCAGUUGAAAUUGAUGAGAAGCGAUCAAUGAAGGAACCUAUUAAAUAUUCCCAAUUUUCCUACGAUUCAAGAGAUAGAAACGUUAAAUUUAAUAAUGUUCCUGAAAGAAGAUUCAAGCCAAAACUUCAAAGAAUGCCCACGCCCUAUGUUAAAGACGAUAUUCAAGAGGAAAAUACAAAGAGACUUGUAAGACAGCAAAACGUUAAAACUUCAAUAAGAAAGUUAUCUGAGAUUUGGGACGAGAAUAAGGAAGGUAACAAUUAACAGAAAGAAGGAGAGAGCGAGAAAGAGUGAGAAUGAAGCAAAUGGAAAAGAACAGAGCAUAUUUUUAUAAAAGAAAGAAUAAGAAAUUUUUUUACUAACUACGUAAUAUUUUUUGUUUUGCAUUAAGCUAUUAAAGAAGAUAAAAAUAUCUUGUUAUACAAAUUAUCUAGCGCAAAAUAAAAAUAUUAUAGAUAUAUACCGUUUUCCA